GCUGUUUGUCAUCUCGUACUGAGAGAUCCGAUGCUGUCUCGAUGCGGCCACCACAUGUGCAGCGACUGCUUGAGCGAGAUUGCAGCGCGUUCAAACAGACAGAUGUUUUCUUGUCCGACUUGCAGAACGAACCUAGACAAGUCGAGUGACUUUUUUCCGGACAACGCCCUCAAACGUCGUCUCUUGGAUUUGCGUGUGAGAUGCAAGAACGCGGAAGGAGGAUGCGAUUGGAUUGGUGAACUACGUACUCUUAGAAAUCAUACUAAGAAGAGAUGUAAAUUUAGGCAGUGCUCACUAAAAUGCGGAAAACGGGUUAGGAAAGAUCAAUUCCAAUUUCACCUAGAAAAUGAAUGUCCACACCGUUCCGUUAGAUGUGUGCACUGCAGUGAAGAAAUGGAUGCUGGUGAGAUAGAAACUCACCGUUCAGGUUGUCCUCGAUUGCCCGUUAGUUGUAUAUUCCAGUGUGGGUUGACUGUGCCUAGAGAAGAAAUGGAUGCUCAUGUAGACAAACAAGGAGCGUGUCCAGCUGUGGUUCUACAGUGUGACUGUAGAGAGGUGGGAUGUGAAUUUAAGGGUACACGGUCGGAGCUUGAGGAGCACAAUAGAGCAAAUGUGCAUAAACAUCUAGUGCUCGCAAUGGUCGAGGUGAGAAAGGAGAAAGAGCGAGUCAGAAAUCUUGAAUUUAAUCUUGCUUCAAGUCAGUGCUCACUAGCAACUGCAACAGAGGACAAGGAAAAGAUAAGAUCUCUAGAAUCAAAUCUAGUGGCAGUUCAACAUUCACUAACAACUACCAGACAGGAAUUGAUGGAGAUGAAACAGUUUGUUUAUGUGUGGAAAAUAGACUCUUGGUCUAAACAGUCUAAGCAGCGCUGCAUAGGUAGUGGAUCAUUUUAUACAGGAAGACCAGGGUACAGGUUGUAUCUUCGAUUGUACCCUAACAGAGAUGAAUCACAUAUCGGAUGCUACUUACAUAUUGAACAUGGAGAUUACGAUAGUCUGCUGCAGUGGCCAUUCCCUCAUUGCUACAGGAUAUCAGUGCUUGAACAGAAAGUCAACGGAAAGGACAUUAUCCAUCAGGAUAUUGCACCUGCAAUGAGUUUAGCCUCACCAGGAACAUUUAAUGGCACUCGUCAAUUUUUCAAAAACAAAAUAUUGUCACAAGGCUGUUACACUAGGAAUGAUAUGCUGUUUAUUAAACUUGUAAUUGAUAUGAAUUAGUAUUGAGAGAGAGAGAGAGAGAGAGAGAGAGAGAGAGAGAGAGAGAGCCCAGCCCGACGUUUAGUAUACUAGUUAGUGACUUGUAACUAUAGCAGCAAGUUGUUCGAAAGAAGACUAGAGUACUGGCACGUUCG